CAUGGUAUUGCGAUACAUUGAUGGGAGCCAUGCUGUUCAAGAGCGUUUUUUUGAGUUUGUCCCCCUCUCGUCUUCAACGGCUGACUCGAUUGCCACUGCUAUUAUGGAGAGACUGAACAGUCUAUUCACCGAGGAAGAGAGGGGUAAACUCAUCGCGCAAGCAUAUGACGGGGCCAAUGUGAUGAGAGGAGAGAAGGCUGGUGUGCAGCAAAAAGUGCGAGAGCAUUACAAAAAUGCACAUUAUUUACAUUGCUAUGCACACCAGCUGAAUUUGAUCAUGCAGCAAGCCACUUCUCAGGUCCCAGCAGUGAGGGUUUUUUUCUCGGAUCUGAAUGGCAUUUCUAGCUUUUUUAGUCGGUCACCCAAACGCACCACCAUCCUCGACCAGGUUGUUGCACGGAGGCUGCCAAGAGCAUCGGCCACAAGAUGGAACUUCAACAGCAGGGUCGUGAACACAGUCUAUGAGAACCUAGAUGACCUCAUAGAGUGUUUUGAAGCCAUCAGCACAGACGGCUCAUUUGACUGCACCACAGUGAGGGAGGCAUCUGGCUACCUGAGGAUGCUGCAGGACGAUGACUUCAAGUUUUUCCUGCAUCUAUUUCAUCAAAUCAUGCCUCACGUUGACAUUAUGUACCAACAGCUGCAGAAGAAGGACAUUGAUGCAGUCUUCAUCAAACGUGCUCUGCAGAGCUUCACAAGCAGUGUUCAAGCCAUACGGUAAGAUAAGUUACACUUUAUUGUCACCAUGGGGAAAUUUGUCUUGGGCACAGUGAAUGAUUGAUUCAUUAAAAACUAUUAACUAUAACUAUUGCACUAGAACUUGGGAAUAAGGUGCAGGUGCUAAAGUAUGAGUGCUAAAGUUAAGUACUUACCUAUUUAUUGCACAUUAUUCUAUUGCACGUUCUAUUGCAUCAGCUUAAUGGAGGCCAGAACAAAUGAUCAUUUUAAGCGAUUUGAUUUGCAUCUUAAUACACAUUCUUCUGCCUGAUGGCAGCGUUUCAUAUUCAGGGAAACUAUAUUAUUUGCCUUUUUCCUAACUGCCUUUUAAUAUAGGCUCUGUAAUGGCUCGUAUAGGAUAUCUUAAAACAGGACAAAACAUACUAUUAUUACUGGUUUUCUAAGACAGGAACUGUAGGUAAUUGCAUUGACAUACUGUAUACGUUCAUAUACUAACACACACUCUCCUUGUCUGUCUGUUUCAGGGACCAGAGCUCAUCUCCAGAGCAGCAGCAAGUAGCAGCAGGAACUACAGGAAAAAGGAGGGCCUUGGGAGAGCAAGACAAGCAGAGGCUGUCUAAGGAGGUCUGUGACACCAUCUUGGGCCAUGCAAACGAGAGGUUCUCUUUCACAAG